GUGAAUCAAACAAAAUGUAACCUCUUUCUAUUUGCCUUUGCUUUCUACCAAAACUCGAUUUUUUGCCCUGUGGGCAGAAAGACAGGAUAUCUGUUCGGUUCGUUGCUCGUCAUAAAGUUGUUGACUUGUUUAAAUUUUCUACCUGUCUGUAUUAAAUGAUAGAAAGAAAUGGAAUUGAAUCUGUUACAUUUUAUGUGGAUUAGUUUCUCUUUUAUUGUUACAUUUAGCGGUUUGAAUGUUCUGUACUUGAAAGAAAACCUUCCCUAUAUUUUUGUGCGCUUAUAUUCAUUUGGGAAAGUAAAUAAAAGCCUUAGUAAAAGAAAUAGCGUUUUAAAAUACUUAGAAAUUCCGAAAAGAUAUUUCUCACACUUUUACAUAUUUGCUUCAUUAUUCAUUCCAUUUGUUCUGACUGGAGUAUGUCGUAAAUAUAUCUGGGGCAGUUCAAGCCAGUUUCUUAUUUAUUUAUUGGAUCAUUUCGCUUCCAAGUCUAGGCAUGGAACAGUUGAUGCUGAAUCUGUGAUAGUACUGGGUGCCUUAUUGUGCUUGCAAGUUUUCAGGCGCUGUUAUGAAUGUUUAUUUUUAUCAGUAUAUUCUGACAGCAAAAUUAAUAUUCUUCAUUAUUUUGUUGGAUUUUCUUUCUACUUUGGUGCCGGUUUAUCCCUCAUACAUGAUGCUGUUGGAUUUGAAGGUGCCAAGCAAAGAGUGUAUAUAUCUGAUCAGUGGUGGAUAUGGAGACAUAUUAUUGGCACAAUAAUAUUUCUUUUUGGAUUUAUUUUGCAAUAUUACACACACAGAAGCUUUGCCUUAUUGCGUAAAACAACAGGUGGUAAAGUAGUAUCUACAGCACAUUACAUGCCCUGUGGAGGAUUUUUUGAAUAUGUCUCAUGUCCACAUUAUUUUGCAGAAAUUGUAAUGUAUUUAUCUGGUUGUUUAAUUCUUGGAGGUAAAAGUUAUACCUGGUGGUUACUGUGCUUGUGGGUAGUAACAAAUCAAGUUCUAACAGGUUUAAUGAGUCAUCAGUGGUAUCGGCAAAAAUUUGAAAACUACCCACUAAAACGAAAAGCUGUCAUUCCUUUUAUAGUAUAACACUGGCUAAUAUUUUAAGCAGUGACAUAUAAAGAACUUAAUGACAGUGUAUUUAGAUGAGUGUAUUAAAACAUGCUUUAAUUUUCAUGCAGGUCUUGAACAAUUCACAAUUUUUUUAUUUAUUAUUGUGUCAAUUAUUUAAUUAGUUAUGUUAUAUGAAAUUUUUGUAAUUAAAUAUGUAUUUUUUACUUA